GCAGAAAGCACACGAGUACUACGUACGAGGAGCAUUGUAAUUACCGUGACGACCUCGCGCUGCAUAAAACAUUAGUAGCUUGUGUUGGCGAAUGUCAUCAGCCGGUCAUGCUGUAGAGAGGCUUACACAUCGCUGCGAGAUCAAUGACGAAUGCAACGGGCAAGGCCCAGAACGGCAGGCGACUGGCCCCUCGCUGGCCCCUCCCCUAGCGAGCGCGUCGCGUUGCGCUCACGAGCGCCUUGGGAGCCAGCCAGAGUAUCGAUUGUCAAUAGGUGUAAUCCACCAGCGGCGCAACUGCGCGACCAGCCGGAUAGGUCGGCUCGCCUGGCGACUGGCGAGGCGCGUGUACAGUGCGCGAUCCGCGUUCGAGCCGUUCGCCGGCAGGCAGUGGCACUCGGCAUGCGGUCCGACGGACUCGCGCGCCACUGCCCUCCCCUUGCGCCUGGAGCAGCCGCUACAGCGAGCCCGAGGCCGCGAGAUGAACGGUCUUCUGCAGUUACUUGGGUGCAGGUCGAGAGCGCCGAGCAAGGCGAUGGAGCGCUACGAGAGGCUCGGUCGUCUCGGCGAGGGCAGCUACGGGGUGGUCUUCCAGUGCAGAGAUCGGCAGACCGGCCGCCUCGUCGCCGUCAAGAAGUUCCAGCAGACCGAGGAUGACCCCCUCAUACGCAAAAUCGCGCUGCGGGAGAUCAGGCUGCUCAAGAACCUCAAGCACCCGAAUCUGGUGAGCCUGCUGGAGGUGUUCAGGCGCAAGCGCAAGCUGCACCUGGUGUUCGAGUACUGCGAGCACACGCUCCUCAACGAGAUGGAAAAGUACCCGCACGGCUGCCCCGAGCUGAUGAGCAAGCAGCUCACCUGGCAGAUACUCCAGGGCGUGGCCUACUGCCACCGGUUGGGCUGCGUGCACCGCGACGUCAAACCCGAGAACAUCCUGCUGACGGCCGACGGCAUCGUCAAGCUCUGCGAUUUCGGCUUCGCGCGGAUGCUCAGUCCCGGCGAGAACUACACGGAGUACGUGGCCACGAGGUGGUACCGGGCGCCGGAGCUGCUCGUGGGCGACACGCAGUACGGCCGGCCGGUGGACGUGUGGGCGAUCGGCUGCGUGUUCGCCGAGCUCGUCCGGGGCGAGGCGCUGUGGCCCGGCAAGUCCGACGUGGACCAGCUCUACCUGAUCAGGCGCACGCUCGGCGAGCUGCUGCCGCGCCACGUGAGCAUCUUCCAGCAGAACGAGUUCUUCGCGGGCGUGGCGCUGCCCACGCCGCAGACGCUCACGCCGCUGGAGGGCCUGCUGCCCGAGGGCGCCGGCCGCACGCUGCAGCUGGACUUUCUGAGGAAGUGCCUGGAUAGGGACCCCGACGAGCGCUGGACGUGCGACCAGCUGCUGCGGCACGUCUACUUCGACAACUUCCACUUCAAGGUGCCCCGGCUCGAGAGCGACGACUGCGACAGGCUGCGCAGCCUGCGCGACAGGUCCAGGCACUCCAACGGGUUCGGCCAGAUGAUGCUGCCGCAGCUGCCCAAGCAAACCGGCGCCUCGCACGCCAACAGCCACAGCGACAGCCGCCCGCGGAGCUCCUCGCUGCAUCGGCAGAGCUUCGAACACCUGCCCGUCAUCAGGAGCUAGGCCUCCUUCGAGGGCGCACGCUUCGGGCGCUGGCCCUGCGACAAUUCGGCAAUUCCCGUCUCUUUCUCUCGGAGCCUCGUCCCUUAUGCCGCUUCUGCCACUUCUGCCGCUUAUGCGAGCAGCGCCACGCAGAGGAUCAGCAACCAGAGGAACUAGGCUGCUGCGUGCCUAGUUUCAGUCGCCUUUUAUUACAGCUGCACCGUAGACUUUCUUCUCUCGUUUCGCGAGCUGCGCUAACUCUCUUGUUUCUUGUUCAUCUGCAGUUUUGCUUUUUUACAUUGUCCCCGACCUCACGAUCGCUAUGUUAAUAAAAUUUUUUAGACAAACAUCGUCCUCCUUUGUUAACAAUCACUUUCUCGUUUGCGCGUUUUCGAUCGCAAACUUUGCAUGUUCCGCCUGUGUUCUUCAUCUGACGGACGGACGUGAAAUCACAUCAGCAUGCAACGCGAAAGCACGGAGAAAGGUACAGGCAUAAGACGAGGCAGAUCAGCUGUGGCUAGCCCAAGUGUCGAGUCUAUUGUGCGUGGUGUGCGUGUGCGACGACAAAUUCCGGCAAAUAUCUGCACAAAGGCAGACAUGGCGCUAAAUCGGUAAAGUACACCAUCAAUUAGCUUUGAUCAAAUGGCCAAGUCUUCUAGAUUUCGGUCGGCUUGCGGAGAGUUUGAACGCGCUGCACGCUAGCUCUGCAGCAAGGUUAGUUUCGCCGAGCCGCGAAACUCGUGCGAAUUCAAAGGAAACGUGACCAUUCCGCGGAGCUUUUUACUUGAGCAACGCAUAUUCGCGACUCAUCCUUGGAUGCUUUCGAUAGUGUCCAUCCGAAUAGGGAAUCGAUAUAGUAUCGAUUUGCCUCCCCUGGCCUCUAUGCAAGGCACCCAUGUCAUUGUGAAAUAACAACUAUAUGCAAGUGCAAGGGCACACGAGGCUUCAUUGCUCAGGCGCACUGCGGCGCGCUUUCGCUGUUUCUUUCGCACGUCAAAAAGUCGAAGCACUGGUAUUUUUCCAGAAGCGCGAGCCUUUCCUGUCUCACCGCCAUAAUGCUUUAAUUUGAUGACAAUUUUCGAUUUUUUCACUUUCAUGUCGAAAUUUAUCAAUUGAAAAGCACCGAGUGACGUGUAGUGUUUUUUUCAAACAUUAACUGUAUUUUAAAUGACGAGCGCGAUCGAUUAUAGCUAAACAAAUUUUUGGUGAAGCUGACAGGAAACUGCAGUUGCGUUUCGAAGAUUAAAAUUUUCGCGCGCUAUAAUUCUUUGUUUUCAUAAGAUCGAAACAGCUUGCUCAAAACUGUCAAGUAAGUGUUAAUGUGACAACUGGUAUGACACAUUUUGCUAAUAGGAAAAUUGCUUAGACCAUUGGAAUAUCUAUCUUAAAUGCCUUCGAUAAGUACUGCUCAAAGCCUUUGAAACAUUGAAAGAUGAGUGUCGGAUGAGAAACAGAAACUAUUGUUUACAUGCAGGUUUGAAAAACGAUAAAAUAAUCAAUGAAUAGUUAGAUAAAAUAUGAAAAGCAAAUUAUAGGUAAAGUAAGCUACAAAGGUUCAAAAAUAAAGUUUAGUAGAGUGAUAGAGUGGGGUGGGUUGCUCUAAAAAUAAUGCAUUUGUAUUGGUGUGCAUGCAGCAUCACAUCUGCCUUGAGGCUGUGCAGCUUCUUUGCACUGUUGAACAGCUGCCGUAGAGGAAUGGCAACUCCAACUGUACGGCUGUCAUCUGGACAUGACAUGCCUGUGGUUGGAUUGGGCACAUGGCAGGCAAAAUCAGAGGAAAUGG